AUGAGUGGUCUCGGCGUCCUAGGCUCGCUGGCAGGCGACCCUAGCCUUCUAAAAUUCGUCGCAGGGUUUUUUGGUCUAGUGUCCUUCGCCUCUCUUGCAACCUGUGUCUACAGCGCCUAUCUACACCCAUUGUCAAAGUACCCCGGGCCCCGGAUUGCAGCCGCCACGAGACUCUGGUUUUGUUACCAUCUCAUUCGCGGGGACCUGCAUCUGGCAAUCCAUCACCUGCACCUGAAGUACGGCGAGGUGGUUCGCAUUGCGCCGGACGAACUAUCGUACACCCACGCCGACGGUUGGAAUCAGAUCUAUGGACAGAGACCGGGCAAGCCGGAGAUUACUAAAGAUCCUCUAUUCUACGGGACACUGAGCUCCGGCCCUGGUAGCAUCGUCAGUGCAUCGCGUGAUCGACAUGCCGUCCUGCGCAAACAGAUGGCACCUGGGUUUUCGGAGCGCGCGAUGAGAGAACAGGAGGCUAUUAUUCGAUCGUACGCCGAUUUCUUGAUCGGUGCUUUGAAGCAGAACGGGAAAGCAAGCGUCGCUGACUUGAUGCGCUGGUAUAAUUAUUUCACCUUCGACAUCAUGGGUCAUCUCGUCUUCGGCGAACCCUUCGAUUGUCUGAAAUGCACCGGUUACCACCCAUGGGUCGGACUUAUUUUCGACGCUAUACGCUCGGCUGCCUUCAUGCGAUCGUCCAAUUUCUGGCCGUGGCUCGCCCCCCUGAUUCGAAAGUUCAUCCCCAAGGAGAUGCAGCGUCGCCGACUGGAGCAGAAGGAAAUGGCUCGGGCGAAGGUCGCACUCCGCAAAAGUAUCAAAGACGCACCAUACGAUCUCAGCGCGAGUAUGUUGAAACCGGAUAGCGGUGUCACACCGCAAGAAUACCAGGCCACGGUAGAGUCGAUCAUUAUCGCCGGCAGCGAAACCACCGCUACUGCCUUAUCGGGCGUCACUUUUCUUCUGCUCAAGAACCCGGAUAAAUUGGAGAGAGUUGUCAAAGAGGUGCGGUCCGCUUUCGCAUCGCCAGAGGACAUCUCCUUUGUAAACAUCAACAAACUGCCCUAUCUGCUGGCGUGUCUGAAUGAGGCACUGCGGAUAUACCCUCCCAUCCCGGACGCGUUUCCCCGCAACACAACCUCAAAUGUGGAGAUGAUUCUAGAUCAACUGGUCCCUCCAAAUACAAUUGUCCGCAUGACCCACUGGGGAACGUUCCAUUCUCCGCGAAACUUCACCCGACCGGACGAGUACCUCCCCGAGCGAUGGCUCGGUGAGGACCCCCAGUUCGCGAAUGACAAGAAAAACGCAUUCCAGCCAUUCCAGGUUGGUCCGCGGAACUGCAUCGGUCGAAACUUGGCAUACUUCGAAAUGCGAUUGGUGAUGGCGUUAGUCCUGUGGCAUUUUGACAUGGAUCUCUGCGAGGAGUCGACGGACUGGAGUAACCAGAAAGUGUACUUGUUGUGGGAGAAGCCCGCGUUGAUGGUGAAGAUGUCGCCACGGGCUGUAUGA